GCGUGAGGGAAGUCGAAUUGGGAAAUCGACCCACAACUUUUUUUAAUAAAGAAGGUUGGCAUAAUAUCACUAAUAAAUUCAAAGAAAUAACAGGAAGAGAUUAUGAUAGGAUGAAACUAAAGAACAAAUGGGAUCAAUUAAAGAAGGACUGGAAGCUUUGGAAGGAGCUUAAAAGGGGAUCAACUGGAUUGGGAUGGGAUCCAGUCAAACGGACAAUUGAUGCACCUGAGGAAUGGUGGGCAGAAAAGUUAGCGGUUGUGCCCGUGGCAAAAAAAUUCAAAUUUAAUGGAAUUGAACCAGCCUUGGAGGAGAAAUUGGAUGGCAUGUUUACUGGUGUUGUAGCAACAGGAACUCAUUUUUCCACCCCUAAUGAGCAGGGUGUUGCAAACCUAGCUGAGGAUAUAGAGACCGAGCAUAUAGGUGAUUCAGGAGAAGGUCCCAGCCAAACCCACACGGAUAUCCAAUCCACUGGUGGAACAAAGCGCCCCCGUCCUGUAAAAAAUGAAAAAGGCAUUGCAUUUGUUAGAGGUUCUAUUGAGACAUUAAUUGAAAUUUCCAAAAAUAAUUCAAAAACUUCGAAGGACAGCACAAUCCAUGAGUGUGUUAAAAUCCUUAACACAAUCCUGGCAUUAAGGAAGACCAAGAUAUGUAAGUACUACUUAGUGGACGCCGGGUAUCCUUUGCAAAAGGGCUAUUUGAAGCCAUAUCCAGAUACAAAAUAUCAUAUACCUGAUUUCGAGAGAUCUAGCGGGGUUGCACGAGGAAAGAAAGAAAUUUUUAAUAAAAGGCAUUCAUCCUUGCGUGGUGUGAUCGAGAGAUCGUUCGAUGUUUGGAAGAAGAAAUGGGUAAUUCUACGUGAUAUGUCAACUUAUCCUUUUCCAAAACAAGUCCAGAUUGUAGUGGCAACAAUGGCACUUCACAACUUCAUACGACGACAUCAUUCUCGGACAGAUGCAGAGUUUUCUGUUAUAGAAGAGGAUUCAAUGGAAAUACCACCUGAGGCACGUGGAAUGUUCUUUAGCCUUGAAUGGCUCGAUUUUGGGUUUUUGUUGGUGCUCGGUUUUCAUUUCAGGAGCAAGGGAUGUUGA